GUGCUGAAAUUUCACUACCUACGAUCCGCUUUGACCGGAAAGGCCGCGCGAAGUAUACAAUCGUUAGCCAUCACCGAGUCAAACUAUGCAAGCGCCGUCGACGUGCUUAAAGAAAAAUUCGACUGCCACCGUCAAAUCUGCAUGCGCCACCUAGACUUGCUUUUCGACUAUCCGAAAAUAGUUAAAGAGACACCCGAAGCCAUAGAUGACUUUCUCGGUCAAGAUAAAUCUCCAAGCGUUAGAGAACCUCGGUGACCCAAUCACUUCAAACACCAUUCUUAUCAAAUUACUUACAUCGAAGCUACCCCCAGCUAUCAUUCGCAAAUGGCAAUGUACAUUACCAGACAAGAAAAUGCCGUCAUACACGCACUUGAUGGACUUCUUACAAACAAGGACAAACGGCGAUUAAACGAACGCUCCAACACCAAUGAGAAAUGGGGAUACCCAUGAACACACUCGUCACCGACAAAACGUACGGCAUGAACGAACACACAUUACAGAUCGGAUGUGGAUGUGUCCGACCUGCAAAGGAUCUCACGAACUCGGAUAUUGCAAGGUCUUUAAGGCCAAAUCGGCUACAAAACGCCUCGAAGUUGUAAAACGGGUAUCGCUCUGUAUAAAUUGCUUAGGCAGAGGUCAUUCACUCACCCAAUGCACAUCCGGUUCAUGUCACAUGUGCGGGCAACGCCAUCACACAUAUUUACACCGAGCGCUCACUCAGGUCAGUCCACGGUAUUCAAGCGAUCGGUAUUCAAGCGAUCGGUAUUCCAGCGGUCGGUCAACGAGCGGUCGGUCGUCUGGAGAUCGAUCGUCGGGCGGUCGUUCGCCGCACAACCGAUCUCUAAUGGACGAUCUCCGCCUGGAUCAUCGCAACAGCACUUUACACAUCGAUCGAGACGCACAACCGAAUUUUCGCGGAGAUCUACCCAGUCGACUCCAAAAGACCGAGAGUCUCAUCCUCCACAUGAAUCUCGAGCAUCGUGGAACAAAGGCACCGACCGAAGCUCAUCGACCAAACACCAAUCGAAGACGAGGAAGAAUUAAAUAACCAAACCUGCGCAUUCCUAGCCGCUCUACGCCGAUUCAGCUCUCGGCAAGGAUACUGCGCGAAAAUCAUCACAGACAACGGCACCAACUCCGUCAAGGUUAACAGGGAGUUGCUGGAAAUUCGGACCCCAUAGCAGUCCGACGAACCCCAGAAAGGGGCACAAGUUUUCUCGACGGCCGGCAGAUACAAUGGAUUUUCAACCCUUCAAAUUUGCCAUCCCGUAUCACCCAAUCCGAAUGAUCUCCCUAUCCUCAUUCCCGAUCACUUCCCAAUAGGUGACGCACUAACGAGUUUACGGGAGCGUGAUUUCAGGACAGCCUCACCAUGCCGGCAUCCAGUUGGCAGCGUAUCCACCCGAUCAAGCACCACUUCAGGAGUUGAGGGAAUCAUAAGGAACGCUACCGAGCACAUGACAAGUCCCAAUCACGACGUCCAACGGUCAUUCUCCACCAAGGAUCAUCACUAAGAGAAUGCGAUUCGAGCGGGUCAUCGGGGGGAGUCCAGCCUCCCAGGCAACCUCAAACCGCCGCACCGCGCUUGAUGAAUCUUCACCAAGCAUCAC